AUGGAACAACAACUGGAACGUCUAAAAAAUGAAAUCAAAUCUCUAGAAAGUCAAUAUGAUAAUUUAAGGGAAGAUUUUAGCAACCUUUCGGCGGCCCAAAACUUAAAUCAAGAAGCAAAUGAUGUUAAGAAACUUCACAUUCGAAGAUUAAAGAACUACAAUGAUCUAAGAGACAUUGGUUUAAGAUUAACUCAAUUGAUUGCCGAUGAUAAAAAAUGCAAAAUGGGGGAAGUCUUUGAAGAAAUGGGAUUUUCAAUGUUGGACGAAAAAUACUCUUAA